AUGAAAAUUAGUAAUUAUAUAUUUGGUAGAAUUAUCGAUUGUUAUAGUUAUGUUGAUAAAAUAAAAGAACAUUUAGAAUUUAAUAGAAUAAAAAAACACUUUCAAGAUGCUCAUGUUCUUGAUAAAUAUUUGAAUAAUUAUAAAAGUAAAAUAGAAUAUUAUCGCGGGAAAAUAAAGAAAAAUGUACAUUCAAUAUUGAGAAAUAACUAUAUAUGUUUUGAGAAAAAUGUAGAUGAGGAUUUAAUUUUUGUUAAUAGGUAUGUUUAUUAUGAGAUAAAAAAUGAAGACUGUAUUAUGAUAUGUCGAAAAAGGUUGAAAAGGAAUUUUUUUAAAAACAAAACUGAAUAUAUAGGAAAAAAAAAAAAGGACUAUAUAGAAAAUAAAAAUAUAUAUGAUGAUGAUUGUGAUGAUUAUUAUGAUGAUUAUUAUAAUGAUUAUUAUAAUGAUUAUUAUUAUAAUUCAUUAGAAGAAUUAAAAAAGAGAAAAUAUAUAUCUAGAUAUAUAUCAGAAGUAGUUGUUAUAUUUCCUUCAUAUUUUUUUAUUAAACAUUUUAAGAUUUUAAGGGAUUUUAUAUUUUUUUUUAUAAUUCAGAGAAAUAAUAGUCCUUUGAAUUUUUGUUAUAUAUUUAAAGGGACCGUUCGUAUUGAUGAUAGGUAUAUAAAAGAAAAAAUAACUAAAAGUAAUAUUUCUUGUAUUUUGGAAAAUAUUUGUAAUGAACAAUUAGUGUUAACAAAUCAACUGAAUAAAAAAAAAAGAAGAAAUAAAAAAUUAACAAACACAGAAUUGUAUAAUGAUAUACAUUUGAAUGUUGAACAAAAUAAAACUGUUCAUUAUAAUAAUAUGUGUAACUAUGAUAUAUUUAAGAAAUAUUUUAUAAAUAAGAGAAAUAAUAAUAUAUUUGGAUCCUCUAACUUUAUACUUCCUAUUAUUAAUAAGUGUAUUUUCCUCAAGGGAGGAAUAUCCAAUGUCGAAUUUUUGAAUUUUUCAAAAAAAGAUAUAUUUUUUUUUACAACACAUAUAGAUAAAAAAUAUAGAUGUAACCAAUUAUUUUUGAACGGGCCCAAGUGUUUUAAAAUAUUAAUAUAUGAAGAAAAAGAAGAAGAAUAUUUUUUAAAUCUAUACAAAAGUAAAGAUAACAAGAAAACUUUCCUUUUGAGUGGUAGUCAUUUGAACAAUAAAUUAUUUUUAUUGAAUCUCCAAAAGAUAUGCUCCAAAAAAAAAAAUAUAAUAAAAAAUAAUUAUAUAAUAAAACAAAGAAAACAUCUUAUAAUUGAUAUGGUUAAAUUAAUUUCAUGUCGUUUAAGAGGAAAAUGUUUUUUAGAAAAUUUUUAUGGAUAUAUUGUUAUAAUAUGUCAAGGAGAAAGAAAUCAUGUAGACAUAUUUUCUGUAUCUACUAAGGAUAUUAAUUAUUUCAUAAAUAAAAUGAGCAGGAAAAAAUAUAAUAAUGCUAAAUAUGUGAAUAAUAAAAAAUGUUUAAAAAAUCAAAAAAAAAAAAAUCACAUUGGUUUGGAGAAAUAUGGUAAUAAUAUAUGUGGUAAUAAUAUAUAUGGUAAUAAUAUAUAUGGUAAUAAUACACAUAGUAAUAAUAUAUAUGGUAAUACUACCCAUAGGAAUAAUAGCCAUAGGAAUAAUAACCAUAGGAAUAAUAUACAUAGUAAUAAUACCCAUAGGAAUAAUAUAUAUAAUAAUUAUUAUUAUUAUAUAUUCCAUUGUGAUCAUACAAAAUAUAGGAUAAAGAUAAGAAAAAUCGAAAUUCCUAUAGAUUCAAAAAUAAAAAAAGUGGCUACUUUAAAAAAUUGUAACCUUCAAGAUUUUGAUAUAAGUAAAUAUGGUUUAGUUCUGUAUUUAUAUAAAUAUUUUUUAACACCUUUUAUAUGUAUAAUUGAUUUAAAAAAUAUAUAUAUCAAGAGAUGUAAGAAAAGAGCGGAUGCAGUUAUUAAUAAUAUAGUUCCAUGUACAAAUCAUAACCAAUUUUAUAAAUCUAAUGAUUUAACAAAGAUUAUGAAGAUUGUUUAUCUUCCUAUAAAGAAAGGUAGUAUAUCAUGUGGUAUAAAUAAUAAUUUUUAUAGUCCGUUUAUUUCUUUUGAUAUAUGUAAUACUUUUAUAAACAGCAUAAAGUUAAGGUUACAUUUAAAAAAAGGAGUCUUGUGUUUAUUAAAAAAUAUAAAUAAUAUUGAAUAUAACCAUUUUGUUUGUUCUUCUUCGUGUGGUUUAUUUGAAAGUACUUAUUUUAAGUAUGAUAAGGAAUUACAAAAAAUUUUUGAACUUCAUAAGAACUUUUGUAUUAAAGAUGUUUUUUUAAAAACAAAGGAUAAUAAAAAAAUUGCUAUUACUUUAGUAUAUAAGAGUAAGGAUAAUCAUCAUAUAUGUUAUGGUGAUCGUAAUAAUAUCACGAGUAGGAGUAUGAGUCGAAUGGAUAAUAUUAAUGAUUGUAUAAAGCGUAUAUUUGAUAAUAGUGAUGGUAAUUAUGAGAAGGGAAAUAAGAAUAAAAAAAAUAGGGAAAUUACUAAUUUUUUUUACUAUAUAAAAAAUGAAGAAAAAAAAAUAAAUAUAGAGAAUAAUAAAACGCGUUAUGUUAACAACAAAACAUGUUGUGGUAAUCAUAAUAUAUAUUGUGAUAAUAACAAAACAUGUGAUAAUAACAAAACGUGUGAUAAUAACAAAACGUGUGAUAAUCAUAAUUUAUGCUGUGACAAUAAUUUUGUAGAUGAUUCAUAUUAUGAUAAAUGUAGUAAUAAUAUAUUCAAUGAUCUUCCACUAAUUUUUGAUUAUAAUUUAUUAUCAGAAAUGAAUAUGGAGAGCUAUGAAAAUUUUAAUUUUGUAUUAAACGAAAAGAAUAAUUCGUUAGUUCCUCAUUUUAUUUAUCCUAGUAAUACUAUUAUUCACGUAUACCCUUUUUAUAAUGAAAUGAAUUUAUGCACAUACAACGAUGAAUAUUAUUUUUAUCUUUUAAACAACUUUGUAAUAUCUUAUUUUCAUCUUAGAGGUUCAGGAGGGUUAUUGUGUCAUAAGGAUGAAGAAGUUGUGAGAAAAAAAUAUAUGGACAAAAGUAAGGAAAAGAUAAAAAUUCUUGAUGAUUUUAUACAAUGUAUUAAUUUUCUUAAAUAUAAAAAUAUAAGUAAUACUGAAAAGAUUUCUUUAUAUUUAUAUUCAAAUUGUGGAAUGAUAGGAGGAUAUAUAUUAAAUUGUAUAUUUAAAAUUGUAAAAAAUAUUAUAUUUGUUAAUCCUUUAUUAGAUAUUUUCAAUAACUUAACCGAUUCUAACAAUCCACAUGUACCUUCAGAAUAUUUAGAAUUUGGAUCGAUCAAUAUAAAUGAUUAUAAUAUAAAAAAGAAUAUACAUAUAUCUUUAAAUAAGAAGAAUACUAAUCAAAUUCAUUUUGUUUAUAAAAAACAUCGUAGGGGAUAUUACAACAAUGAUUUUAAAAGGAAAACAAAAUAUAUUAAAGGUCGAUAUUUAAAAGGAACACACAAAAUUGUUAAAAAUAAUAAUAAUAAAAAAAAAAAAGAAAGAAAUACAUACAGUAUGCCUUAUUACUUAUAUACAUUGUGUCCAUAUUAUAAUAUAUCCCCAAAUUAUAAAGAAUAUUUUUGUAAUAAUAGUAACGUUAUAUCAAAGGAAGUGCUUUCUUUAAACAAGGAUAAUAAUAAUAUCUUUUUCAAGAAUAAUAUUCUUUUAUAUCUAAACAAAUAUGAUAUUAUAUGUUCUAAUUAUAAUUCUAUAAAAUAUUUUACAAAAUAUAUACAUCAUAGAAAUCUCACAAUAAAUUAUUUUUAUUAUUAUGAUGAUCAAAAUAAUGGUCAUAAUAUACUAGAUCAAUCACAUAAGCAACAUAACAAUAAAUUGAACUUUAUAAACUUCAAAAAUAAUAAUGAACAAAAUGAAAAUGCAAACUUUUAUAUUUCUUUUUCGGAUAAGGGUGGGCAUAGUGGAUAUGACUCUUCAUCUGGUUAUUUAAAUAAUAUGUUGGAUAAAAUAUUUUUACAUUUUUUUAUAAAUUAA